CACCCCCUUCAACCAGGGAAAGGCCGCCAGGAUGCAAAACCAUCUUCGUCGGAGGAUUACCCGAAAACGCGACAGAGGAAAUCAUCCAGGAAGUCUUCGAACAGUGCGGGGACAUCACCGCCAUUCGAAAAAGCAAGAAGAACUUUUGUCACAUCCGUUUUUCGGAGGAAUUCAUGGUUGACAAAGCCAUCUACCUUUCUGGGUACCGUAUGAGGCUGGGCUCCAGCACCGAUAAGAAGGACUCCGGCCGCCUCCACGUUGAUUUCGCUCAGGCCCGAGAUGACUUUUACGAGUGGGAGUGUAAGCAGAGGAUGUUGGCGAGGGAAGAACGGCACCGUCGCAAAAUGGAAGAAGACCGGAUACGUCCCCCUUCGCCUCCCGUCAUAAUGCAUUAUUCGGAACACGAGGCCUCUUUGCUGGCGGAAAAACUGAAAGUUGAGCAGAUUGUGGCCGUUUUCAACGCCUCCGCCCGGCAAAAAGCUUGGGACCAUUUCUCCAAAGCUCAACGGAAGAACCUAGAUAUUUGGCGCAAGCACUCCGAGGUGGGUGAAUUUUUCCUUUUCUGUUUUUAUCCAGUCGUUUCACAGCCUUGGACCAAGUUGUGGGGGCGGAGGGAAAUGCCAAGGGGCCUGUGGUGGAUUGUGCCUUUGUUCAGCAGUCUUUCAAUUGCCGCAAUUGUUGUGUGUAAAAGUAAUUAAGGAUUGUUUCCAGAGUCCCUGCAACGGUUUAUACAGCUGAAACUCUUGGGGGACAAUAUCCCUUCCACUAAAACAGCUAAUGGGGAGAAUUAGCAAAGUCGCCUCAACAUUCACGUCGUAGUCCUGGAGUGAAUGAAUUCCAAAAUGAAUUUAAUUCAUCACAAUAUUGUCCGAAAGUGGAGGAAGCUAUUGGACAAAUCUGAUUUGUUUCAGAACAAUCUUCUCCAUCAUAAAUAUUCCUAGCAACAUACCCGUUAAGGAGAUAUUGGAAAUCCAGAUUUCUUAUUUCAUUAGUAUUAGCUUAGGACAGGCAUGGUCAUUUUUCCAACUUGACCUUGGACAAAAUAAAUGGGGGAUGUUUUUUAAGGGUCCACAAUCCGAACUUUAUAAAAUAGGGCACUGUGCAGCCAGAAUCCCACAUUUUUAAUCUUUUGAGUCCUAUCAAGGAUAAGAUUUUAUUUUUUAUUGAUGCGGUGAUAGCAAGGAGCUGCAAAGUUUUUCUUGAACCCAGAUAGCAGAAAAAAACCUACUUCCUCAUCCUAGUAAGAGCUCAGAUUCACCUACAGAAGUGGGAAAGGAAGUCCUCGUUAAGUUAUGGGUUCCACCACAAAACCGCGGUAGACAA